AUGGUCGAGAGUGAAGGAAUACACAGGCUGCUCGAAUGCAAGCCAGUUAAGGGAAUCCUUGUGUUAGAUAGAGGAGAUGGCCGUAUAAUUGAAAUACACGGGAAUAUCUUUGAUGGCGAUCAGGGCAAGAAGUAUGCAAAGGCGUGUAGAAAUAUUAUUUGGUCGAUCACAGACAAUCUCAGGGAGGUGGAGGAGACUGAGGCCACUCCUGCAGCUAGAAAACGUCUAAUGAAGGAGAAUAUCGCGAUGGAGGACCAGCCACCUCCAUUUGGUUUCGCUAGGCCCGAUGAGAGGGACAUACUCAAGUGGCAUUAUGUUCUGCGUGGUCCGCCAGAUAGUGAUUAUACUGGAGGAGAGUAUCAUGGCACCCUCUCGUUCCCCGCGCAAUACCCAUUCAAACCGCCUGAAAUUAAAAUGAUUACGCCUUCAGGGAGGUUUCAAGUAAAUACCAGCAUCUGCACCACCUUCUCUUCGUUCCAUCCCGCCUCUUGGAAUCCAGCAUGGAGUGUUGCGAGUAUUCUGACCGGUUUACUUUCUUUCUUUCUAGACGAUGAGAUUGGCACUGGGGGGAUUCAUUCGACGCGUUCAGAGAGGCUGCUGAUGGCGUCCAAGUCGAGAAGCGUAAACAGGCAAAACAAGCAAUUCGCAGAGGUGUUUUCUGAUCUAAUUGAGCCACACGCCAGUCCAUCUCUCGAUGAGAUAUUAGACAAGGCUGCUCCUCAUCCGCUCGUGCCGCCUUCGCCGUCCCCGGCGCACCCAACACUCACCCACCACUCACCAUCGAAUCCACAACGCAGUCUCUGGGAUAAAUGGCGCUGGGCCCUCCUUCUGCUCUUAGCCGUCGUAAUAUCUAGAAUAUCCCAUCAUUAG